AUGAUAGUUGCUCAUAAACAGAAUGAUAACAUAAUGUUGGAUGAUAACAAUAGCAGCAGUGGCAGCAGCAGCGGAAGUGGAAGCAGUGGAAGCAGCGGUGGCGGCAGCAAUAACAACAGCAACAAUAACAGAAGCAUUGUCACUAGCAACAACAACAAUAAUAAUAAUAAGUCGAUAAUUAACCCUUUGCAACCAAGUCUGACUGUACCAUUUGGACUAAGAGCAUUCACUGCUGAGCAGAAGGAGCUAUUGUCAAAUCUGUUGAAAGCCGAUAUGCCACAAAGUGAAAUACAAUCACAUGCAGGUGCAGCUGGUGCAGACCCUUACAAGUAUAUAUCAAUUGAUACUGCGUUCAAGACAGCUAAUGAUUUGUUUGGAGUCAAUGGAUGGUCAUUCACGGUGAAGAACUGCGCUCAGGAGGUGUUUGAGGAGUUUGACGAUAAUAUAAAGGUUGGAUUCUGGGCACAUAUAAGAAUAACAUUAAUGGAUGGCACACAUCGAGAGGACGUAGGAUACAGCAGUCUGACCAAGAGGAAGUCAGACGAUCAUAUAGACCUACUUCUUGGCAAUUGUAGAAAGGCUGCUGUGUCCGAUGGUCUAAAGCGAGCACUGCGUCUCUUUGGCAAUGCACUGGGCAACAAGGUCAGCUAUACAAAGAGAGCAUACACGUCUGCACCUGCUCUUCCACGUCCCACCACUGUUCAAUCAUCAAAUUCAUUUACAACAACUACUACUACUGCUACCACCCCAACAUUAUCUCUGCCCAAUGUCAAACAUGAGAUUGUAAAUAUUCAAGACACUACCGAUGCGGUCCAAGCACCAAUUGCGCUUAGGCUGCCAGCAUCACCUGUACAAACAAAUCCUUCCACUUCGACCACUCUCAAGUCAACUACUAUCUCACCAGAGAGGAGGUUUAAUCCAUAUCAUCCAAAGCCAAACAACGUAUUACAACUCAAACCAAAGCCAUCAACUUCAUCAUCAUCACCGCCACCGUCACUAAAUAACAACAUUGGCAAUGGCAACAAUGUCAAUGGCAAUGUCAAUGUCAAUGUUGGUCAAGUGGACAACACUACAACUACUACAACAAGUACAGGUUCAUUAGACUUUGAUUUUCAAGAUACUGUUCUCACUCAUUAA